UCUCAGACUCCCACAGAUCUGAGUUGAACUUUGAAACUAUAAAAUACUAGAAAGAAGACGCUAUGGGCGAGAACAUUCCUAUAAUUCAGGAAAAUGUAAUUCCUUUGAAUAGCAUCGCACUUGCUUGCUUUAAUCCUCAGUUAUCCUGACAUCCUUGGUAGGCAGGAUGUGACUAAUGCAAUGCACGGAAUCACACUUCUUAAUGGCAUUUUCGGACUGGCAGCGGCAGUACCAGCCCUCAGGUGCCAUUGGAAUGGAAAUUCUGCUAAUUGGGUCUUGAAGCUAACACCUCUCUUGGAUAAAGACAGGCUGAGGACAACUUUAUGACCAAGAGCUGAACAAGAUGCAUUGUGAGAGGUUUAUAUGUAUCCUGAGAAUAAUUGGAACCACACUUUUUGGAGUCUCUCUCCUCCUUGGAAUCACAGCUGCUUAUAUUGUUGGCUACCAAUUUAUCCAAACAGAUAAUUACUAUUUCUCUUUUGGACUAUAUGGUGCCUUUUUAGCAUCACACCUCAUCAUCCAAAGCCUGUUUGCCUUUUUGGAGCAUCGAAAAAUGAAAAAAUCCCUAGAAACCCCCAUUAAGUUGAACAAAACUGUUGCUCUUUGCAUCGCUGCAUAUCAAGAAGAUCCAGACUACUUACGGAAAUGCUUGCAAUCUGUGAAAAGGCUAACCUACCCUGGGAUUAAAGUUGUCAUGGUCAUAGAUGGGAACUCAGAAGAUGAUCUUUACAUGAUGGACAUCUUCAGUGAAGUCAUGGGCAGGGACAAAUCAGCCACUUACAUCUGGAAGAACAACUUCCAUGAGAAGGGUCCUGGUGAGACGGAUGAGUCACAUAAAGAAAGCUCUCAACAUGUUACCCAAUUGGUCUUGUCCAACAAAAGUAUUUGCAUCAUGCAAAAAUGGGGUGGAAAAAGAGAAGUCAUGUACACGGCCUUCAGAGCACUGGGACGAAGUGUGGAUUAUGUGCAGGUUUGUGAUUCAGAUACCAUGCUUGACCCUGCCUCAUCUGUGGAGAUGGUAAAAGUUUUAGAAGAAGACCCCAUGGUUGGAGGUGUCGGAGGAGAUGUCCAGAUUUUAAACAAGUAUGAUUCCUGGAUCUCCUUCCUCAGCAGUGUGAGAUACUGGAUGGCUUUUAACAUAGAAAGAGCCUGUCAGUCUUAUUUUGGGUGCGUCCAGUGCAUUAGUGGACCCCUGGGAAUGUACAGAAACUCCUUGCUGCAUGAAUUCGUAGAAGACUGGUACAAUCAGGAAUUUAUGGGCAGCCAAUGCAGUUUUGGCGAUGACCGGCAUCUAACGAACCGAGUGCUGAGUCUGGGUUAUGCAACAAAAUACACAGCUCGAUCCAAGUGCCUUACUGAAACACCUAUAGAAUAUCUCAGAUGGUUAAACCAGCAGACCCGUUGGAGCAAGUCCUACUUCCGAGAGUGGCUGUACAAUGCGAUGUGGUUUCAUAAACAUCACUUGUGGAUGACCUACGAAGCGGUUAUCACUGGAUUCUUCCCUUUCUUUCUCAUUGCCACAGUAAUCCAGCUCUUCUACCGGGGUAAAAUUUGGAAUAUCCUCCUCUUCUUGUUAACAGUCCAGUUAGUAGGUCUCAUAAAGUCUUCCUUUGCCAGCUGCCUUAGAGGAAACAUCGUCAUGGUCUUCAUGUCCCUCUACUCAGUGUUAUACAUGUCAAGUUUACUGCCCGCCAAAAUGUUUGCAAUUGCCACGAUAAACAAAGCUGGGUGGGGCACAUCUGGAAGGAAAACCAUUGUUGUUAAUUUCAUAGGACUCAUUCCAGUAUCAGUGUGGUUUACAAUCCUCCUGGGUGGAGUCAUUUUCACCAUUUAUAUGGAAUCUAAAAAGCCAUUCUCAGAAUCCAAACAGACAGUUCUAAUCGUUGGAACGUUGCUCUAUGCAUGCUAUUGGGUCAUGCUUUUGACGCUGUACGUGGUUCUCAUCAACAAAUGUGGCAGGCGGAAGAAGGGACAACAGUAUGACAUGGUGCUUGAUGUAUGACCUUACAUUGUUUGACGUUUGCAGUCACACACACAGACACACACAAAACCUUAGUUCCUCUAGGGACUGUACAGCGUGGGGCAUCAGACAAUGCCACCAACGGAGACAUAUCACUGCUGCUGGGACUUGAACAAAGACAUUUCUAUGGGUUUAUUUUGAUUCUGCCAAAGUAAAAUCAUGCAUCAACAAGAAGAAACUCAGAUUGAACCUGUUAUUUCUAUGAAAAUGGGAAGAAAUUUUUGUUUAUGCACUUUUUCCUUACUGUACAUCACCUGUUUUCUCUAUAUACCUCACUAGCCGUGCUUUAUGUGGGUUAUCAUGGAAGAAAAGGAUUUUGGAAACUCAAGGAAAAGUUCUUUCAAUGUAUACAACCUAACUUAUGGACUGUGUUGAUAGCUAAUUUUUUUUAGAAAGGAUUUUCUGUUUAACUUUACCAAAUGAAAUGCCAAAGGAAAUUUUAAAGGCCAUUGGCUGUGCUGUAUUUUUAUAUAAUUGUACUGUGUUUUAAAAUUUUGUAUGCCAAUUUUUAAAACAAAUUUUGCAUAUUCUAUAUUUUACUUCUCUGCCAAAAUACACCUGUUCUUCCUCUUUUUUAAAAAAUAAUAAUAGGUUCUGAAAAAAUUCAUACUUAAAAAAAGAAAACCUACCCAAAAUGUGAAGCUUGGUUGACUGAUGUUGCUCAUGAUAGAAAAAAUAAAAAUGUUUCUCUCUCUCUCUCUCUCUUCCUUUUAAAAUUGAAUAGAUUAUUUCUGUGAAAAAGUAUUCAAACUUUCAAUAUUUUGAUUUCUUUUCAUUUCUUUCAGAAAAGGCCAAUGUACCUGUCACACUUUGGGAAUAGAAAUACAUACUUAUGUGUACAAAAAAUGAAAAUCAUUGAAAAUCAAGGCCAAAGGGAUAGAAAAGUGCAAUUUUUUUCAUAAGAUUAGUCCUUGAGUUAAAACACUAGGCAUCCAGCACUGGACAAAACAUAAGUACCAAAGAUGAAUAAUCUUUGGAGAUUCUAGCAGUGUUUUCCCAGGCUAAGUAAAAUGGAAAGUGGAAAAAAUUGUGUAUAUGAUUUGGAGAAAUUCAGUGCGGUUCAUCAUUUUGUUGUGUGGCCUGAAUUCACCGGAUCCUGUCAAUAUAUUGAACAAGUUUUAUCUGUCUUUUUCUUUUCAGCUUGCUAGUUCACUUUCCAUGUUAGUAUGAGGUUGACGUGGUUGAGUUGGAUAAAUUAUAAUAAAUAUAAAGCACGUAGAUUCAAAAUUAACUUUUACUUUCUGGGGAGGACUUUUUCCAAAUUAUACAGAUAAUUUCUUCAUCUCUCCUGUUCUUGGCCUACAUAAAUAUGUUUACAUAGUAGAAAUGAUAUCAAGGUUUAAUAAGUGUAUCAAGAAUUGGCACAUAAAAAAAUCGAUGAACCAGGCGCCCUUAACCAGCUAAUUAGCUACUCCAGAGCCUCAAUUAUUCAGUUUGGCUAUUGACAGGAUCCAUCUUGUCUUGUAGCUGGUGCUGUGUAGACCUGUGUUAAAAACACAAUUGAACACAUAAUUGUUACAUAAAAAGGAUUGCGAUGAAGCGGAGACAUGUGGAGAAGCGUCCAGUCACGUGCUUUCUGCAUGUCUGCUUCUUUUUCACGCAAACAACUGUGUUCCAUCUAUCCUACCUAAGAAAAAGCUGCACAUUCUACCUUUGGAAUACAAAAAGGUACAUAACAUUCUGCAAUGCAGACUCUCACUGAUUGGAGAGCUUGUGGGGAACAAACACACCAUGCCAAUAAAUGAGACUAAAACUUGAGUUUGCCUUUUUAACUAUUUAUGUUCUAAGUUAAGCUUUGAUAACAUUCAAAUGUCAAAUUCUCUCAUUCUUAUAAAAAGAUUGAAUUAAUUGCCUGUAUUUAUUUUAGCAAUUAUUCAAUGUAUUUCCAGUAUAGGAUGUAUAGUAUAAUUGAUUUUUUUUGUAAAUAAAAUAUUUUUGAUAAGAUUAUUGCCUUUUUUUCUAAGGGAAGGGGGAAUUUUAAACAAAACAGAAAAACUUUUUUUUUCCUGAUUGUAAUAGUAUGGUUUUAAGAAUGGGGUAUAUAUAUAAAAAAAACAAAACAUGGUUGAUCAAAGAUAAUAGAAGUCAUUUAAUAUUACUAAUCAUAGAGUAGAAAUCCUCCACACUGGUGUCAUUUGGAAAUCUGGAAAACUGAGAGAGAGCAACAGAGAGGAAAGAGAGAGGAGAGUAAGAGAGAUUGCUCCAAUUAACGUAAACAUUGUCUCUAAUCUUCUGUUACUUCUACUUUUCUUUGAAAUCAGCCCAAUUUUAGAAAAAAGUUGUUUUCUUAUAGUAAUUUAUUAUAGCAGAAAAAAUCACAGAUUUUUAGAAAAAUCAUAAAUUUGUUUAUUAUGCCAUUAUUUAUAAAUAAUAACAAAACCUUAAAAUAACUUAAAAUCCAAUAAUGUGAGCAAUAAUUAAACGAAUUAUGGCAUUUCCAAACAAUGAAACAUCAUUAGCCACUAAACACAAUGUUCUCAGAAUAUGAGGAUGUUGGGGAAAUGUUACAUUAAAAAUAUAAAAUCAUUUUGUAUAGUAACAUCCCAAUUUUGUAAAAACAAAAAUGUUUAAAAUGUGAUUAUUUCUAAUACUGGGAAUAUGAUCGAUUUAUAUUCUGUAUACAUUUUUGUAUUUUCCAAAUACCGUACUCAUGUA